GGUGGGGGGGCAGGGCAGAGAAAGAGAGAAAAAGUCUGGUUGAGCAGAUUCGUUGAGGGGGAGCCAAUCCCGAGACGCCACGUCCCUAUCCUCGCUCGCCCCUCGCCCUCGCCCUCCUUUAUGAUGUGAAUCCAUGGGCGAAACACCACCAUCACCAUCACCAUCACCAUCACCAUCAUCUUCCAUGGCGAUGUAGUAGCAGAUGGCGAUGGAGUAGCAGGGUGUGGAGAGAGAGAGAGUGUGUGAGAAUUUGCCUCCCCCCCCACCAGCAUCCCCACAGUCCGCGAGAGCUCAUCAGUCUCUUGGGUGGUUUGUCUGGCGGUGGCGGCGGUGGUGUGGGGCGGGAGGGGAUGGGGCUGCUGAGCAACCGAGUGGAGCGCGGCGAGAUCAACCCCGGCGAUCACAUCUACACUUACCGCGCCGUCUUCACCUACUCUCACCACGGGAUCUAUGUCGGGGGAAGCAAGGUAGUUCACUUUAGACCUGAGCGUAACGCCGAUUCAAGCAUUGAAGAAUCCGACUCCUAUGAUUCAAUGUCUUCGUCUUGUCCAACCUUCCCUGACUGUGGAUUCAAGCUACCCAACAGCGGUGUGACCCUCACCUGCCUGGAUUGCUUCCUCGGGAAGGGAUCUCUGUACUGCUUUGAGUACGGGGUUGCCCCCUCCGUGUUCCUGGUCAAAGUUCGUGGAGGCACUUGCACCACUGCCCCUUCUGACCCGCCAGAAUCUGUCAUUCACAGGGCAAUGUAUCUCCUUCAAAAUGGAUUUGGCAAUUAUGACAUCUUUCAGAACAACUGCGAGGACUUUGCGCUGUACUGUAAAACGGGUCUUUUGAUAAUGGACAAGCUUGGGGUCGGAAGAAGUGGCCAAGCUUCUUCCGCCGUUGGUGCUCCCCUGGCUGCCAUUCUCUCAUCUCCUCUGAAGUUGCUAAUGCCAAGUCCAGUUGGGGUGGCUACAGUAACAGCUGGAAUGUAUUGUAUGAGCCGGUAUGCUACCGACAUAGGGGUGCGAUCGGAUGUAAUCAAAGUAGCCGUGGAGGACUUGGCUGUGAACGUGGGCUGGGCAGAAGACGAUCAUGAGGAAGCAGCGGAGAGGGCUCCUUCUGACAGACUGAUUACAGGGUGAUGUAAAUGAGUGUCCUUCAUGUGCAUAUACAACGGCGUAUAAUCAAUGAUAGAGACUUCUCCUAGCCAUGCCCUCAUAUCCAUUACCAAAACUACUUUUUCUUCUUUUCCAUCCUCCGCCCUCUGGUAUUCAAACUUUGUCAACAAGUAAACAGUUAUAAUUGACUGCAGUUUGGAUGUAAUUCUUCGACGGUUUUAGCAAUUGGUUAUAUUUAGUGUAUGGCGCAUCGUCAUA